GUUGCCACGUCAUAGGAUGUCAGACGCGAACGCCCACCGAGUGGUGUGGUUGAGGCCAUUCAAAAAUAUGCAUCAUUUCGAAAGUGGAUUUUGUCGCUGGAAUUACUGGGCGAUUUGUAGAAGAAUUUAACAACGAAGCAACGUUAUCCAACGCGGGACGUUUAACCCUGUUGUGUGUUCUUGUUUGCUGUUUACCGCGGGCUCUAUGGGAAAUGAGAUUUGAGCAGUUCCCUAACAUUGAUCAUUGUGGAGAAUGUGAGUUUCCUCACCAACAGUAUCUUUGCGGCCUCUUCAUCAGUGGCGACAUAAAUCAAGUUCAACUGCCUCAUCUUUUAACAACUUCACACAACGUCUAGACUGAACCGAGGGGAAUAAAAUUACAGUCUGGACAUCCUCUAAGCCAGUGUGGAAGGACUGGACUAGGCUUUUGUCAGAAUUUGUGUUUGUCAGGUCAAGGUUCUGUAUGAUGUAAAACAAACAGAGCCAAGGUUGUGGAAUGCUGCUGGAUGAGACUCCCCUGUUCGAUCCCUCUCUACUUCAGGAGUUAGACUGGAGCGCCAACAAUGUCUCCUUCUCUCCCCUCAUCUCCCCCUCCAGCCCGGGCGAAGGCCUGGUGCUCAGGCCCCUCUGCACUGCCGACUUCAACAGGGGUUUCUUUAAGGUUUUAUCUCAAUUAACUGAGACGGGUGAUGUCACCGCAGACCAAUUCAUAAGGAAAUUUGAGCACAUGAAGAAAACGGGGGACUACUACGUGGUGGUGGUGGAGGACACCAAUCUGGGACAAAUUGUGGCCACGGCCACUUUGAUCACAGAACACAAAUUUAUUCAUUCUUGUGCAAAGAGAGGUCGAGUGGAGGAGGUGGUCGUCAGUGAUGUGUGCAGAGGCAAACAGCUGGGAAAACUGUUAAUGUCUACGCUUACGCUUCUUAGCAAAAAACUCAACUGCUAUAAAAUCACACUGGAAUGUUCAACCAAUAAUGUGGCUUUCUACCAAAAGUUCGGUUACGCCGCUUCCGAUGAGGCGUACAUGCAGUGUCGCUUCUCCCACUGAGACCCAAUGGGCCCGGAACACAGCUUGGCACGCCACCUUCUGACGUCUGCGGCUUUGAGUCUGUGUGUCAUUGAGAAACUUUUUGUCCCAAGGACCGUCAUCCUGACUAAAAGCUCUAAGUAAACGCAAACAUA